AGAAAAUGGCAGCCACCAUGAACAGCGAAAAUUUCAAGUUGUCAUCUAUUUUAGAGGGCCAUGAAAUGGACGUAAGAGCCAUUACUGCUGCUUUCUACCCUGAAGGAUCUAUUAUAACAGGAUCGAGAGAUAGGACUGCCCGUAUAUGGGUUCCAAAUAGUAAUGGGAGCUACGAAGAAAAACAUUGCAUGGGUGGUCAUGAAAACUUCAUUGCUGCUGUUUGUGUGAUGCCCCCCAGUGACAAGUAUAAGCAGGGAUUGAUUGCCACAGGAGGAAAUGAUCACAAGAUAAAUGUUUACAGAUUGGAUAGUCCUGUACCAGAGUUUACUCUGACUGGUCAUUCUAACACAGUUUGCUCACUGGCAUCCGGGAAGUUUGGAACACUACUCAGUGGAUCUUGGGAUACAACAGCCAAGGUGUGGCUCAACCAACGCAAUGUGAUGACACUGAAGGGUCACGAAGCAGCUGUAUGGGCUGUGGCCCUCAUGCCCACCCAGGGCCUGAUGUUGACUGGCUCUGCUGAUAAGACGAUCAAGAUGUGGCGAGCUGGGAAAUGUGAACAAACUUUUGUUGGUCAUACCGAUUGUGUUCGAGCUCUCGUCAUUCUAUCAGAUGUGGCAUUCCUAUCAGCUGGAAAUGACAAUGUGAUCCGACGCUGGUUGACUACAGGGGAGUGUGAGCAACAGUUCCAGGCUCACACUAGCUUUGUUUACAGCCUUGCAUUGCUGCCGAAUGGGUUGGACUUUGUGUCUUCAGGUGAAGAUAGAACCAUAAGGGUGUGGCGUGAGGGAAAGUGCCAUCAGACCCUGACCCUUCCUGCUCAGUCCGUCUGGUGCGUGACAGUUCUCCCUAACGGUGACAUUGCUGCUGGUUCCAGCGAUGGUGUGGCCAGAGUGUUCAGUACAAACCCAAAUAGGAUUGCCAGCGCUGAGGUCCAGGACCUUUAUGAUAAACAGGUAGCAGCGUUUGCAAUGCCAGCCAAGACGCAAGCCUUUGGAGGAAUCAAGAUGGAAGAUUUGCCUGGCAAAGAAGACCUUGCCAAACCUGGUACGAAGGAUGGGCAGACUAAACUCGUGAAGGUUGGCAAUAUCGUGGAGGCGUACUCCUGGAGUGGUGCUGAUAGCAAAUGGAAUAAGAUUGGUGAUGUAGUUGGGACAGAAGGGGACGACACUCAACCCAGCAGUAGCAAGGUCAUGUACGAGGGCAAGGAAUAUGACCACGUCUUCAAUGUAGACCUAGAGGAGGGUAAGCCAGCCCUGAAGCUCCCCUACAACCUCGCCGAUGAUCCCUGGCUCACUGCACAACGCUUCAUUCACACCCACGACCUUAGCCAACAAUUCCUGGAAGAGAUUGCCAACUUCAUCGUCAAUAACACCAAGGGGGUGACUCUGGGCUCAGGUGCAGCUCCUGCUGCUGCCUCUGGUGACCCAUUUACUGGUGGUGCUCGAUACAUUCCUGGAUCUAAACCUCCCCCUGGUGUUCCAAGAGCAGGAGGUGACCCCAAUGCUCCUAGAACAGCUACUACAGACCCAUUGACAGGUGGUGGACGUUACAUCCCUACUUAUGGUGCUGAGAAUCAAUACACCCCUCCACCCGCAAUGGUGCCUCAGACGAAGUCACCGAACCCUUACUUCCCUAAGCUGACAAUUGUCACGUUUGACUCGGCCAAUGCACAAGCAAUUAUAGGUAAACUGAAAGACUUCAACUCUGCCGUUCCUGAUACUGACCAGCUUGAUGCUCAAUCCUUUGAACUCCUUGAACAACUUCUCGUUAGCGUUGGAAACUCAGGAACACCAGACACCCAGCAGAUGGAAGUUUUAUGGAAGAUAUUACAAUGGCCCAUAGAUCAAGUUUUUCCAGCCAUUGAUAUCCUUCGGCUGGUUAUCCGCCACCCAGCAGGCAACCAGUACUUCUGUAACCAGAAGGAUGGUGCCCAGUUCUUAUCCCGCGCUCAACAUCUCGUUUCUGGUAACUCCACACCCGCAAAUCGUCUGCUCACCAUGAGGACAUUUUCAAAUGCUUUCAGUCACCCUGAGGGUGCCUUACUGCUUACGUCAAACCGUGAGGACAUCAUAAGAUCAACGCUAGAAUGCCAACCAGUUACCAAUAAGCAACUCCAUAUCGCCAUGUCGACAGUGCUUCUUAACUAUGCCGUGGUUUUACAGAGUGGACAUGACAGUGAGGGACAAUUGCAAUGCCUGUCGGCUGUGGCUACAAUCCUUGAGUGCGAAGUGGAACCAGAGGCAGUUUUCCGACUUCUUGUUGCCUUAGGAACACUCAUGAGUGUCGAUGACAACGCACUAGCGAUAGGGCAGUCAUUAAAUAUACUUCAAGUUGUCAGAAAGCACUGUGGCGUUAAGGAUCCAGUGAAACUCGGAGAGUGUGCUCAAAGAGUAUCUCAGAUGUUACAAUGAGACUUUUAGUUAUUGACAACAUUGCUACAACCUUUUCACAGUGCAUUUAUUGAAUCAGACCCAGUAUGUACUUUCUUUGUUUGUUCACAGCAGACUCUACCUAAUAAAUGCAUGGAUUAUAGAAACAUAGAUUCUACAAUCAACAUUCAUCAAUUUACAUGUUGGCUUGUGGGUAAAAAGCAUUCACAAUGGGUUUUUAUGUCAGUAAGUGUUAUUUUUUGAUGUAAUAGUAUGUAUGUUGGUACUGGCUUACAGACCUGGAAUAACACAUUGCCUCAGUUGCACUGUUCUUGGCCUUUGUGCCCCUUCAAAAGUUUCCAAUAGACUUAAAGAUUUCCAAUGGAAGUGCCCUUUGCAAAGUCAAACUUGCCUUGCCCUCUCAGAGACGUAAUUCCAGGCUUAGGCUUAAAGGGGUCAUAUAAACCUGUGGUGAAAGCAAUUUAUAGUAAGGAGGUAGAUUUUGUUAUCCUUCCAUCACCUUUACCAUGUUCCCUGUAUACAGUAACAUUCGUGACUACCCCAAAAGGGUUCCGACUAUUUUCCCCUUUUAGCCUCAUUGUGGUUAUCAUCAUUAAAAACUAGUAAUUUUGUUAAGGAUAAUAAAGUUUUAACAGAUAUUUGAUUAUCAAAACAAGUAUGUUUUGAAAACGUUAAAACUAAGGUAGUGGCUUAUUUAGCCAGUGGGAGAAUCUGGGUCUCGUUUUAGCAAGUUAGUUUGAUUAUCAACACUUUGUUUCAUCAUUUGUUUAUUUGUCCAUUUGUUUUUAUUAAGUUAUACAUCCUGUGUGUCAGUUAUUUAAACUAAAUCUUGAUAGCAAUUCUCCAAACAGUAGCCAACAAAUUAUUUGGGGGUAUUGCAGAAAAAACUAUAAAUAAAAAAAAACGUAAUAACUAUUUCAAUCUUUAAACAGCUGUUUGAGUAGUACGCACUAAAUGUUGUGCUGUAACACUUAAAAGAUAAGUUUUGAUGGUAAACUAAUUGUAAGAUCUUGGAGGAAAACAGAAUUGUCAUUUUUAAAUCUAAAAAGUAUGACUGCCUUUAAUUUGAUGUUGGUCAACAGCAAAGUGUCUUCUUUGAUUGUUGUUAUUUGUAGUUGUUAUCAUAAAAUAGUUUGAAAAGCUUAACACACUAUGAAAAAGUUAAAAUAAAGGGUAGGAUUAUUCACUGACAAUUCGUUAGUUGGGUGCCCUCUGUUGGCAAAGACAUGCACUUUGGUGUGCCACUAAUACUAGAGAACUGGAUGAAUGUUAAGUGGUGAAGAUAUUGUUUAAAAACUGAUUAUCAAACCAGAUCAUAAUUUAAUGAAUCCUGUACUUUUGUUGAAAAUAUGCUAGUUUAUAAUAUGAUUAAAUUAAUCAAUCUAUGCAUUAAAAGUGUUCUGAGGCAAAUGAUGGUUGCACUUUAAUGUGA